AGCCAGAAGGCAAUCAUUCCCUCCAAGGCCAAACCACGCUGCUGGGCUGGCCUUACUAGGGAGACUGAAGGAAAAUGCUGAUGACAGGAAAGUGCCAGGAAAUCCGAGGCGGGGAGGGGGGAAGGAACUGAAAGGGAAGGAGAAGGGGGCUGCAGGUGAAAGUCCUGUGUCCCAGGGGCUCUGCGGUAGAGCACAGCGGCUCUAGUCCAGCACAGGCUGGACCCCGGGGGGGUUAGAUUGAUGUCAUCAGCUGCCUUGGGUGUGGGGCCAGCCUUGCAUUGUGCAGUUCUCCACGGAGCACUCCCAGAAAGAGGGCUGGGGGGGAGGCCGAGCCCACAGCUCAAGGCGGAGAGCGGGCAGAGAUCCUUCAGAACUAGGCUACAGCGAGGGCUGCUUAAAGCACUUGCGGGACUGGCCUCGCCGGCAGCGGGAAGACGCCCAGCUCCUCCGCCCUGGCUUUCUCCAAGCUGAGAGAGCGAGCGGCGUCGGCACUUGCGGUAGGACUCCGGCUCAGCCAGAGGGAAGCUGCUAGGUGGGAGUCACCCGGAUCAAACAGCUGCCUGCUGGAUCGGACCCCCCUGCUCCCCCCAGAGCGCCUCCCCAGCACAGCUGAGCUGCUCUGCACCCUGCUCCCCGCGGCUGGGGGCUGCGCCUUUCUACCUCUGCUCCCACAAUACGGGCAGGGGGGUCUCCUCUCAACCUGCCCACCGAGACCUGGCCAGGCUCCGGACCGCAGCCCACAGCGCCCCACCCCCCACCCCCACCCAGCGCAGCCUGCUAGGAGCCCUGGGCUGGCAGCUUUGGGUUCAGGGGAAGACUUCCAGGCGCUAGUAGCGAGGCAGGGGGUGGGGGAAGCAGGAGAGGAGACUCCAGCGGAGGAGGGGGAGGACAUGUCUGUGAUGAGGCAGAGGGGGUGCGCUCUCCGUCUCGGGCUCCCUGCGUCCCCUAGCAGCUCCUCUUCGCACCCAGAGAAGGGGGGUUCAGCUUGGCCGAGGAAUGAAAACUCUCGCCCUAGGCACCGUCUCCUUCUUCGUCUUCUGCCUUUUGCAAGAGCACAUCCCGCCCAGGCUGGUUUCAGGGAAAGAGGAGAUUCAAUCCACUUCCAAAGGCUCUACCCAGCCUAUGUCACCCUCUGAUUUCCUGGACAAGCUCAUGGGAAAAACGUCAGGAUACGACGCCCGGAUUCGACCUAACUUCAAAGGCGUGCCUGUCAACGUGACAUGCAACAUCUUCAUCAACAGCUUCGGCUCCGUCACAGAAACCACCAUGGAUUACCGGGUGAACGUCUUCCUGCGCCAGCAGUGGAACGACCCCCGCCUGGCGUACAGGGAAUACCCAGAUGACUCGCUGGACCUGGACCCCUCCAUGCUGGACUCCAUCUGGAAGCCAGAUUUGUUCUUUGCCAACGAGAAGGGGGCCAACUUCCACGAGGUCACCACCGACAACAAGCUGCUGCGCAUCUUCAAGAAUGGCAACGUGCUCUACAGCAUCAGGCUUACGCUGAUCCUCUCCUGCCCCAUGGAUCUCAAGAACUUUCCCAUGGACAUCCAGACGUGCACCAUGCAGCUGGAGAGCUUUGGCUACACCAUGAAUGACCUGAUCUUUGAGUGGCUGGAAGAGCAAGAAGCUGUCCAAGUGGCAGAGGGCUUGACACUCCCACAGUUUAUUCUGAGGGAUGAAAAGGAUUUGGGCUAUUGUACAAAGUAUUACAACACAGGAAAGUUCACCUGCAUCGAGGUGAAGUUCCACCUAGAGAGACAAAUGGGCUAUUACCUGAUCCAGAUGUACAUUCCCAGCCUGUUAAUUGUCAUCCUCUCCUGGGUCUCCUUUUGGAUCAAUAUGGAUGCUGCACCCGCCCGUGUAGGGCUGGGGAUCACCACAGUGCUGACCAUGACCACCCAGAGCGCGGGCUCCCGGGCCUCUCUGCCAAAGGUCUCCUACGUGAAGGCCAUUGACAUCUGGAUGGCCGUGUGCCUGCUCUUUGUCUUCGCCGCCCUGCUGGAAUACGCGGCCGUCAACUUCGUCUCCCGCCAGCACAAGGAGUUCAUGCGCCUGCGCAGGAGGCAGCGGCGCCAGAGGAUGGAGGAAGAGGUCGUCCGUGAGAGCCGCUUCUACUUCCGUGGCUACGGCCUAGGCCACUGCCUGCAUGUGAAGGAUGGCAGCACUGUGGAGGGUCCCAGCAUCUACAGCCCCCCUCCACCGACACCCUUCCUGAGGGAGGGAGAGGCAAUCCUCAGGCGCUAUGUCGACAGGGCCAAGCGGAUCGACACUAUCUCCCGAGCCGUCUUCCCCUUCACCUUCCUGGUGUUUAACAUCUUCUACUGGGUGAUCUACAAAGUGCUGCGGUCUGAGGACAUCCACCAGGCACCCUGAUGUGACAUGGCGCCAGGCAGGGGAGACCCUACGUCUUCCUGGUCUCAUGUGCGCACUGCUGUGUGGGCUAGAACCUUCCACCAGCACCAGUCAGGACACUAGUAGCUUUGCCAGGACCUUGUUUCUCUCUGACCCAGAACUUCUAGUACCAGCUGAGAAACUUGGGCACACUCUGCAUGGUGUAAGGGGCACUAUGCUGCCCGUAAGGACCUGGCCGUGCUCCAUCCACCCAUACCCUAGCAUGGCGUUGGGUUCGCUGUGCUGCUUGAGGCACUGGCCUUUAUCAUCUAGACAUGCUCCAUCUCCCAGCAAGGACUUGGGGGAGUGCUGCACUGCAGCUGUCCAUAACCAAGAUAAGCUCAUCGUCCAACUGCCCAGUAUGGUUUUAGAGGGUGCUAUGAUGCUGGAGCUGCUGCCCUCCAAAACAGAGACAUGUUCCAUCCACCAAUACAUAAUCAGCAUGGUAACAUGGGAUGAUGUAUGGCUGGGAGUGUGUCAGUCUAAAAUGGGACACUCCAUCUUUCCAGCACCCCCACCAGCACAGAGCUGGGGGUGCUAGGCUACUGUGUGGCACAACUUGGACAGGUGCCAUCUCACAACACCCCAGCAAAGUGACAGAGGGUAUUUGCUGCUGGAGGUGCUGUCCUCCCUAACCCAGAUAUAACCCACCUUGCUAAUGCCCUACCUUGGCAAUGCCCUGCUACUGGGGGUGCUUCUCCAUAAUCCGCUUUGGAAAUGUGGGCAACAGUCAAUUCAUGGUCAGACUGGAGGGAGCACCAUUAUGGUGACUUCCAAACACAGCCUCAGCAUGGUGCUAGGAUGCACUGUGCUGCUAGAAGGGUUGUGUACCAUCCUCCAGCUGCCAACAACCUAGCAUGGUGAUGGAGGGGGCUGUGCUGCCACUGUGGUUAUUGAUGAGAUCUUGAGCUCUUCUUAAACUGGCAAAGCCCAUCCAGCCAUGCAAACCAGGCCAGGCAGCAGUGGACACCAUAGGGUAAUCAACUCUUCCUCUGAUAUUUACGUUCUUGGCCUUCUCAUCUCCUCGCUCUUACCCUUGAUUCUUUAUGACCACGGGGUAGAGGCGCUUGCUGGGGGGCACCCCUUUUGAUGAGCAUGUCAAGUGCAAGACACCCAGCCUUCGCUGAGACUCUGAGGAGACUGGUCAGAAGGCUGGGGCAUGAAAAUGGCAGUAAGGCAGAGAGCACUGGAGCCAGGUCUGGAGAUGGUUCACUGUAAAGGAAAAGGCUUCAAGGGUCUGUCUAGGGGGCUAUGUUUAUGUUCUUGACUUACUCUGUGAAGAAACGUUCCCAGUUCUCCUCAUGAUCCAGCCAGUCCACUCCUUCUCUUCUCUUGCCGAAGUGAACAGAGCCACCCGAGCUUGCACGUUAGGCAGAGCUCCAACGCAGAUUUCAGGUGUAGGAGUGAAAGGAGAGGUUUUUAAGAGGUCAGAAUAAAUAAGGGCCCAAUUCUGAGAGUGAUGAGCACCCCUAAAUCCCACUAGUUAAACUGGAACUUAAUGGUGCUCAGAACCAAAUAGGAGGUGCUUAGUAACUGGCAAGGUCGGACUCAAAGUUGAUCUCCCUCAAAAGGUUUUGUUGGGCAGCAGGGUUCUCUUAGGUGCUGUUGGCCUUCUUGUCUGAUAGCAGAGGGGAAUGAGUCUGGGGAUGGCUAGUGUCCCUGGAUCAGCCCCUUUGAUCUCGCCUGUGGAGUUGCCUCCAGCUGCAGUGAGAGCAGGAUAAAGUCCUGCGGGGACAGGAAGGGGUGAACGUGUUUUCACCCAUAACAGGGGCAGAAGGAGGAAGUAUUGGCCCUCGCCAGUCUCCUUCCAUUCCCCACCUGUUUUCCCUUUCCAACACCACUAGGCUCUCUGAAUCAUUUUAAACUGGGUCAAAUUCACCGCUGUUGUAAUUUUAUUGAAGUCAGUGGAGUUGCAUCAAGGUUGUUUUGUCAAGUAACUUAGGCCUGAAUCUUAAGGAUUCGAAUAAUCUGGGGAAGAGCAGACCUGAAAUAUUUUAGAAAAAUCCACUGCUCUGCCCCAAGAAAUAAAAGCAAUAGGCAACAUUAUUUAGGUCCUACAAAAAAAAACCAAAAAAUGUUUGUGCCACCAUUCUCCCUCUCUGGCAUUUUGGGUUCGCCUGUUCCCUCUGCUCACAUGUAACUAACCCAGACAGUGCCCAAAGCAGGGCUCACCUCCUCAGAGAUGCUGGUGCUCAUGCUGUACAGCCAUGUCUGGGGCUUCCACUCCACACGCAAGGUGGGGCAAGGGAGGGAACUAGUGUUUGCCAGGUGGACAAGGACAGCCUUGUCAGGAGACGUGGCAUGGUCACUGGUCUAGAAGCCUGUUACAGGCAAGUGCAAGCCACAGCACAGUGAGCAGCGGGUGUCCCUUUAAAUCUCUGCAUGCCUGGGGCCAAGCGCCAGGCUGCAGAAAGGGGGAAAGGUCUUGGCGAAUCUCACAGUGCCUCUUAUUGUAGAUCUGGUCCAGAUGGGCAAACAGCACAAAUCCGCCUUGUUGAGAAACUUUACAGACAAUGCCCCAGAGACAGUAACAGAGCUGAACAAGGGAGCCUCUUUGACUGGAGCCAGGCCCCCAGUCAGCUGGUGCCAGACCACCACCUCAGCCCCAGCACAUACAGACUCAAAGCCAAAAGACUGGAGAGCAGCCUUGCUGACCAGGAAAACAGGGGGCAGAGUGCAGGUCACAACAGCUCUAUCUGCUGUAAUAAUACCCCAGAAAAAGGUCUAGUGCGUUCAGCUCCCUACUGCAGUCACAUCAUGUGCCCAGAUACCACAGUGAUGGGCAACCUUAUACAAAUCUAGAGACACAGAGAAUUCUUAGUCUUUUCUCAGGCCUUACCCCCACCGACAUCAGUUGCCCAAGUAAUACUGGAGUAAGAACGUCAGGAUUUAACCCAACAAGGGUGUUUAGCACCUCACGAGAUUGGGCUUGCAUAGCGCUUUUUGUCGUCCACAAAUUUUACAAAUAUUCACUAAUGAAUUAAAUCUCGCCCUGCCCCUUUGGGAUCAGUGGAUAGGUGGAUAUUGCUGUUCCCAUUUUAGGCAUGGAAAUGGAGGCAGAAAGGUGAAGUGACUUGUUCAAAGGAGUCAGUGUAGCAGCUGGGUUUCCCCUAGGAGUGGCCAAACUAUCGUAGAACCCUAUUUGGCCACAAAUCAAUUAAACUGUGUUGUUCCACCCAUGUUGAUAGGGCCUAGUAACGUCCCCAUAAGUCAUACAGGCUUACUAGAUACUUCUCUCCCUCUGUUUUGUUGUUGAUUCUGAGUCCUGGUUGGUAGGUUUGGCCUGAAUACAACCCGACAUGACUAUUUAGACUUGCUUUUGGACAGAUCAGGUCUUUGAGGCCACUGGAAGUGAUCCUCCAGCUGGUAUAAAGUCACUUCUUCUAUACUGCAAAACUGCUAACUGUUCUCUCCUGGCACUGAGGAACCUUGAAGCGCCAGAGGUGCAUACAUUGUAUGGCAUCUGGAGAAGUGUCAAGUUUUGAAAUGAGGGAUUUUUAAACAGCAUUGAUCUUCCUACACAAAUAAAACGUAUCUGGGGUUUUCAUUAA